AGACGCCUCGAAGGAGGGCGCCGUGAGGGCAGAGCCGCGGCCACCUCCACCGCAGCAGCCCGUCGGGCCGGACACGAGCCGCAGCCGCCAGCCUGGCAGACGCUGGAAGCGCGCACAGGGGUGCUCCCGCUCCCGGCCGCCAGAGGGCGCGGCCGGCGAUGGCGCGGCGGAGACGGAAGGAGGAGGGGAGCCGGCAGAGAAGGGUCAGCCGCGGCGGCAGGGCGGCGGCGGCAGCGGCGCAGCUCCGCUCCCCGCGCGUCUCCCUUCCCCGCGCCCAGGUAGGGCGCUCAGCCUCCGCCGCCAGGAUGCGGCCGCCCGCCUGCUGGUGGCUGCUCGCGCCGCCGGCGCUGCUCGCGCUCCUCACCUGCUCCCUGGCUUUUGGUUUGGCUUCUGAAGAUACAAAGAAAGAGGUCAAGCAGUCUCAGGAUUUGGAGAAAAGUGGUAUAUCAAGGAAAAAUGACAUAGACUUAAAAGGAAUUGUAUUCGUCAUCCAGAGUCAAAGUAAUUCUUUUCAUGCAAAGAGAGCAGAGCAGUUAAAAAAAAGCAUCUUAAAGCAGGCUGCAGAUCUUACACAGGAGCUCCCCAGUGUCCUCCUCCUUCAUCAGCUGGCUAAACAAGAAGGUGCAUGGACCAUACUUCCGUUGUUACCACACUUUUCUGUAACAUAUAGCAGAAAUUCAUCUUGGAUUUUCUUCUGUGAAGAAGAGACAAGAAUACAGAUUCCAAAACUCUUGGAAACCCUCAGAAGAUAUGACCCCUCUAAGGAAUGGUUUUUGGGAAAAGCAUUACAUGAUGAAGAAGCUACAAUAAUUCACCAUUAUGCCUUUUCCGAGAAUCCUACAGUUUUUAAGUAUCCAGACUUUGCUGCAGGCUGGGCCUUAAGUAUUCCACUUGUAAACAAGCUUACCAAGAGACUAAAGAGUGAAUCCUUGAAAUCUGACUUUACAAUAGAUUUAAAACAUGAGAUUGCCCUCUACAUCUGGGACAAAGGCGGAGGACCUCCCCUGACCCCAGUGCCUGAGUUUUGUACCGAUGACGUGGACUUCUACUGUGCUACCACAUUCCAUUCUUUUCUACCGCUUUGUAGAAAGCCAGUGAAGAAGAAGGAUAUUUUUGUUGCAGUAAAAACAUGCAAGAAAUUUCAUGGUGACAGAAUACCUAUUGUUAAGCAGACUUGGGAGAGCCAGGCAAGUCUCAUUGAAUACUAUAGUGACUAUACUGAAAAUUCCAUUCCUACUGUGGAUUUGGGAAUUCCUAAUACAGAUAGAGGUCAUUGUGGAAAGACAUUUGCCAUUUUGGAAAGAUUUCUGAAUCGUAGCCAGGACAAAACAGCAUGGUUAGUCAUUGUGGAUGAUGAUACAUUAAUAAGAAUGGUCUUCAGCAGAGAAGCUGUCAGGAGACUUCUCGCCAGUAAAUGUCGGUGCUACAGCAAUGAUGCUCCCGAUGAUAUGGUCCUGGGAAUGUGCUUUAGUGGCUUGGGAAUCCCUGUGACACACAGCCCUCUCUUCCAUCAGGCUCGGCCGGUGGAUUACCCUAAGGACUACCUUUCUCAUCAAGUUCCCAUAUCGUUCCACAAACACUGGAACAUCGAUCCAGUGAAGGUGUAUUUCACAUGGUUGGCACCCAGUGACGAAGACAAAGCCAGGCAGGAGACACAGAAAAGUUUUCGAGAGGAGUUAUAAGUCAGGGUGACCUGUGAGCAUAGCCUGCGCAGGGAAUGAACUGGAGACUGUGGCCUCAUCCCACUGUGCUGUGCUCACAACACUUGUGUCUGCCACAUGGCAUUGGAUGCUUCCUGACUUUAGGGGGAGAUUUUAUGUAUGGUAUUUUUUGACAGAGGAAGAAAAGGGGUCACAGGAGAAACAUUUUUUUUCCUGGGAAAAAUCACUUGCUUUUGACUUAUGCAGUUGUUUUAACACUUAGUGAUGACUGUGUAUUCUCCAAGCUGUGAUACAGCAGUUUUUUUUAUUGUCACAGGGAAAUAAAUGGUACCAGAAGUCCCUUUCCUGUUCUGUCUCUUCAUUAUAAUGGAAGUUUCAGUUGGGCAUGAGCCUGGAGAGAUGUGACUGUCUACAGUUCUAUUUGUAUAUAUAAAAAGAAGACUGAAAGUCUUUUGACAUGGAUAUUGUGAAUGGUAUGAACUUUUAAACCAUAUUAUUGAUGAUGAAAAUUAUUUCCUGGGAACUCAGUAGGAAUAAUACCAUGUUAAGGAAUAAUACUGUACAUAAAACAUCAUGAAACCCUAGAUGUGAAAUCCCCUGAAGUCUGUAAUCAUGGUGGUUAUGUUUUGUCUAUUCUUUUGCUGUUUGUGCCUCGUAAAAAGAGAAUGAGGUCUUCUGCUAGAGCUUCGUAUUGCUUUGGAAGUUCAUCUGUGUUUUAUUUCUCCCUGAAGCCCUAUCUUUAUGGCUUACUUGUAACAUGAAAGUAGUAGAUGCUGCCAGAAAAUAGUGUCCUCAAUAUUUUAAAACAAUGUUGACAUGUUUUGUUCAAGUCAGCAAGCUCUAUGUGAGUCUCAGGAAGUGAAUUAAAUUUGGACCUUAUGUUUUACUCUUGUUUUUUUUUUUUUUUUUUUUUUUUGAAUGUUACUUAAUGACUCUCUCCUGACUCAGAAGAGAAACCCCUUGUGGAAGGACAGCACGGUGAUCAGGCAAUUUCUCUGGGUUCCCAAAGAAUGACAUUUGAACACAGUAUUUUGAAACAGCUCUAGUUUUCAAAUUAUAUCUUUAAUAUAUAGUAAUGUAACAUAUUCAUAUUAAUGUAUAAAAAGCACUCUAAUUAUAUAAUUCAGUUUUUGUAAAGGUAUUUGCAUAAAAUUUAAUGUCUUAAACUAAUUUUGGUAAAUUACUUCUUUUUUUUCUUUUUAAUAAAAACUGUUACUCAUUAACUUUGCUUAUAAUGCUUUUUAUAGCCCAGCACAGAAUUUAAAGCCAUACCACCAAAAGCACCUGUGUGUGUUAAUAUGUUUUUCUUGUAGCAUAGAUUGACUAUUUGCAAUAGUAUUAGUAUUUACCAUUUUUCCAAAUUAGCAACUACCAGACCUCGUGUGUUGCAGUGAUAACACAAUGCAUUGGAUUCAGUUUUGUGAAAAUGGAUUCUGUGGCCAUCCAAGGGAUGUAUCAGGGAUGAUCAGCUGAUGAGAGGCUCCAGAAGGAUUUCUAGAUCGUGUCAAGCCUAUACUGAUGGCCUUAGCUUUGUUCAGUCAUUGUAACUGGGUUUGUUGUCAUUGCUACCGUGGUAGUCACCUUCGUGUCAUCUAUAAUAGUACUCCUGGAGAGCCCUGGCUGCCUACCCCAGUGGAAAAGAGUCUCCAGUUCUGCUCCGGCCUACUAACUGUUACCACUGAGAGAACAACAUGUUCAUUUGACAGGAUUGAAGCUGGCAUCCGUAUAUGAAGAUCCUUGUCAAGCUUUCUUCUGUGGUCUGAUCAGUGCCUUCUACUGAUACCGGGGCACCUCCUCUGGUACUUUUAAGUGUUUUGUUAAUUAUGUUUACUUUUUGGAAUGGUGUAAGCCUAACCACAAAUAAAAGAUCUUUGCCUAA